AUGGCCACGCUUCUGCGUCGGGUCGCGGGCGAUUUUAGACGGAGUAGUGGCGCGUCUGGCGCCGUGAAUCGCGCUGCCGGGUCGUUCCAGAGCGGGUUUGCCGCGCAUCCACGCAGUCUCAUCGAUGUCCUCGCGCUUCGAUGGGCCAGCACACUAGUGGUGGCGGAGCACACGGGGAGGGGAGCGGGGGGCUCUGCCGCAGCCCUAAAGCCGCCCACGCUCUCCGCGGUGGCGGCUGCGCGGAAGCUGGGCGGGCCAGUGGCAGUGCUGGUGGCGGGCAGUGGCGACGCGGUUGCUGACGUGGCAGCUGCUGUGGCGAAGAUCGAAGGGGUGGAUGAGGUUAUUACAACAGAGAGCCCCGCCCUGGACCACGCCCUGCCCGAGCCGCUGGCAGCGCUACUGACAAACCUCGCCGCCCAGCGGUCUUUCUCGCACGUCCUUGCCGCAUCGUCCACCUUCUCCCGGAACGUGCUGCCACGUGUCGCCGCGCUAUUGGACGCUGCGAUGGUGUCUGACGUGGUUGAAAUCGUGGAUGAGACGACAUUUGUGCGUCCAAUCUAUGCAGGGAAUGCUCUAGCCACGGUUCGCUGCUCUACCCCCUCCCCCGCCGUCCCAACACUCCUCACAGUGCGCGCCACCUCCUUCCCUGCUGCCUCCUCCGCUGCUGCCUCUGCUCCCAAAACCACACCUUUCGACUUCCAAGCUAUGCCGCAGGUACGCUCUAUGCACACACAGUUCGCUGCUCCACCCCCUCCCCCACAGUCCCAACCCGCAGUGCGCACCACCUCCUUCCCUGCCACCUCCUUCCUUGCCACCUCCUUCCCUGCCACCUCCUUCCUUGCCACCUCCUUCCCUGCCACCUCCUUCCCUGCCACCUCCUUCCCUGCCACCUCCUUCCCUGCCACCUCCUCCUUCACACUGUUUGACUUGCAAGGUAAGUUCUUUCUAGAUAGGCACGGUUCGUUGCCUCAUCCUCUCUGCCUCCAUCCCAAUGCUCCUCCCCUCUGCCUCCAUCCCAAUGCUCCUCCCCUCUGCCUCCAUCCCAAUGCUCCUCCCCUCUGCCUCCAUCCCAAUGCCCAUCCCCUCUGCCUCCAUCCCAAUGCUCCUCCCCUCUGCCUCCAUCCCAAUGCUCCUCCCCUCUGCCUCCAUCCCAAUGCCCAUCCCCUCUCUGUCCUGACUCCCCACCGCCCUUCCCUGCCUCCACCCCCCCUCCUCUUUCUUCCUCCCCUUUCUUCCCCCUUUCUCCCUCCCUUUUUCCUCCCCUUUUCCCCCUUCUUCCCCCCUUCUUCCCCCGUCCUUCCCCCCUUCUUCCCCCUUUUUUCCCCCGUUCUUCCCUCCAUAAUCCCAGCCCCCGCAGCGGAUUGUUUUAGCCGAAAAUUCCUCCUGGGUCGGGCAGGAGUUGCGGGCAGCUGA